UGAAGCCCAAGUCCUCGCGGGCUGCAGCGCGGAGACCCGAGGCCGGCUCGCUGUGGCCGGGGGACCCCACCAGGCCAAUGCCAGCAUCAGCAUGAGAGGCUGGCCUGCAGCCCCGGCCGGUGCUCACCCCGGGGGGCCGCUGCUCUGCUGCGUCCAGUUGCCACUGGCUGCUCACUCUUGCCCUCCGCGCGUCUUUGUUCCCAGCCAGAUAGUGUUCGGAUUCUCUCAUUAACUCUCUCCGCUCCAAAGGGGUCCAGAGGCUGGGAUGCUCUGCCAGCUUGAAGAAUGUUGACUCUCGAGUGGGAGUCGGAAGGACUGCAAACAGUGGGUAUUGUUGUGAUUAUAUGUGCAUCUCUGAAGCUGCUUCAUUUGCUGGGACUGAUUGAUUUUUCGGAAGAUAGUGUAGAAGAUGAGCUGGAAAUGGCCACCGUCAGGCAUCGGCCUGAAGCUCUUGAGCUUCUGGAAGCCCAGAGCAAAUUUACCAAGAAGGAGCUCCAGAUUCUUUACAGAGGAUUUAAGAAUGAAUGCCCCAGUGGUGUUGUUAAUGAAGAAACCUUCAAAGAGAUUUACUCCCAGUUCUUUCCACAGGGAGACUCUACAACAUAUGCACAUUUUCUGUUCAAUGCUUUUGAUACGGAUCACAAUGGAGCUGUGAGUUUUGAGGAUUUCAUCAAGGGUCUUUCCAUUUUGCUACGGGGGACAGUACAAGAAAAACUCAACUGGGCAUUUAAUUUGUAUGAUAUAAAUAAAGAUGGCUACAUCACUAAAGAAGAAAUGCUUGAUAUAAUGAAAGCAAUAUAUGAUAUGAUGGGUAAAUGCACAUAUCCUGUCCUCAAAGAAGAUGCUCCCAGACAACAUGUUGAAACAUUUUUCCAGAAAAUGGACAAAAAUAAAGAUGGAGUUGUUACUAUAGAUGAGUUCAUUGAAAGUUGCCAAAAAGAUGAAAACAUAAUGCGCUCCAUGCAGCUCUUUGAAAAUGUGAUUUAACUUGUCAAAUACACAUCCUCACACAGACAAAUGUGAACUAUUCUUCCGCACUUAAAGUUGGAGCUAUCACUUUUAGCAUAGAUUGCUCAGCUUUACACUGAGGCAUAUUAUGCAAACAAGCUUUGUUUUAACAUAAAGCAAUCCCCAAAAGGUUUGAGCUUUCCAGUUUUAAAUUCACAUCCUUUUCAUAAUACAACUGAGUUCAUGGGAUGUUCUAAGUCGUCUCAUACCCUGUGAAUAUUGAAAAGUAAGAGAAUUUGGCAUAUAGUUUUAUUGAUUCUUUAGCCAUGGGAUUGAGCUUUCACAUUAUCAGUGAUUUUAAAAUGCCAGUGUUUUUUGCUACUCAUUUAUAUGUAUUCAGCCCCAGGAUUUUAAAUCGUUUUCUAAAAUACUGACAUCCAUAUUUAAUUUCCAGAAAUUAAUUUUCAUGUUCAUAUGCUGUAAUUCCAUUUAUAUACUUUAAGUAAAAA